CGCCAAGGUUUCACCUGCGUUCACGUCACCACCAACAUCAGCAUCAUGCCUCUGGGAAGAUUACCGCAGUCUUCCUACUACGAUAACCGCAACCGCCCCACUGCUGCGCUGUACCGGGCGCGGCAGCCAUACUUGAUCAGAAAUGCAGUAACUGGUCUCUGUAUCUUCGGCUUUGUAGCUGGAGUGUACACAUGGACGAUCAAGGCUAUUGGACAAGACGACUUUUCUGAUGUUCCGAUCCCGGAUGCGCCAGCGCAGCCAGCGGCGGCACCACAUACGAGCACAGUGAAGAGCGCAGGGAAAGCAUGAGUGAGCGGACAGACGAUGCUCGAGAAAAGUAGGAGUCGACUCGAUGUCAGGAUGCUGGAUAGAUGCAAAGGUCAUCAAGA